CCGUCUCAUAUUCUUACCUAACUAUAUUAGCUUCUUCCAUAUUCUAUAAAUUAUAAGCCUAAGUCCUAACACGCAAUAAUCCCACCAUUAAUCCACCAAAAAAACAACAAGCACAAACACUUAUCUACAGAACUCAAAUAAACCGGCAAAGAAAUGGAAACCGAGAAGAUCAAUCACCAACCAACCCAACCUUUAGCUCCACCACACGCAUACAUCCGCAGCGACAUGGAAAUGGAAUCACUUUCAGCACAAGAACACAUCAGAAAGAAGCGAAGAAACCGCCUACUAUUCGUCACGUCCUUCGCAGUAACCCUAGUCAUCCUCAUAAUAGUCUACGCAAUCGUCGUCACACGCUACAAAACCCCCAAAUUCAGACUCAGAAGCGCUUCAUUUACAUCCUUCCAAGUCGGAAACUCGACCGACCCCUCCUUCAGCUUCGUCAUGAACUCCCAGUUCACGAUCAGGAACAGGAAUUUCGGUCGGUACAAGUACGAGGACGCGACGGUCGUGUUCGAGUACAGGGGCUUGGCCGUAGGGCAGGCCUACAUCGACGACGCGCGAGUCAGGCCUCGGACGACGAAGAAGGUGAACGCCACGGUGGUUCUGGACUCGAGUAGUUUGGUUGGCGAUAGUGGCGCGUUUGAUCAGCUGGGGAAGGAUAUUGGCGAGGGGGUUUUGGUGCUGAAUAGUUCGUCUGAGUUGAAAGGGAAGGUUCGGGUUCUGAAGGUCAUCAGGAAGACGAAGUAUUCGCGGCUGAAUUGCACCAUGAAUGUUGUGAUCGCCUCACGCUCGGUUCAGAAUCUGAUAUGCCAGUGAUUAUGUUUUGGACCAUGGAUUUUGAUUUUUUUUUUUUCUUUUUUUUUCCAUUAAUUUGUUUAUUUAUUUAUGUUAAUAACUUUUGGGGCAUACUAUUGUUCAUACUUUUCAUAGUAUAUAUACUAAUGUUGUUGGUUCCGUGCUGGAUUUGCUAUU